GUAAGCAUCAAACUUGGCAACCGUAACCUCGGACCUCCGAACCUACCUCUAGGUACAUACGCAGUUGCAGAAGUGAGCUUCACUUUCCCCAUUUCGUGCGAUGGCAACCCCAGCGUGCAAUGGUAUGUUUGGCUCGUCGCAAGUAUUGCAUGGUGUGUAGUGGGCUGUAUAUGGUUUUGGCAUCGGUCCGAAACCGUUUGGACCUGGCUGAAUGGUCCUAUCGAGACAUUCCACACCGAGCAGCCGAUGACCAGACGCUCGCGAAUCACCACAGCCUGUUUCGUCUCAGUCUUGGUCGUUGCCCUGUGGCCAUUGGAGAUUUUAAUCUCCAACAUUUGGUCAAGGGUCACGCACGCGACAAACAACCAAGGAACACCAAAAGACCAACCGAGAACGCAACCAGCAGAAGAACCCCAAGCGGCACCCCCGCCGCCAUAUGAUGUCGCAGUGGCCGCCGCAUAG